AUGUCCUUCCGGUGCAUAUCGAGCCUGUUCGACGUUACGCCAAAAACAGCUUCAAAGUACUUUCGGGGCUUUGUUCCGUUGCUGGCCGAUUUCCAGAAUGUUCGCGCAGUACUUGACUGCACUGAGGUGCAGCUGCAACGAUCAACUUGCUUACACUGCCGAAUACUCACCUACUCUCACUACAAAGGACGAGAGACGGUGAAGUUCUUAGUCUCGGUGACCCCUGGGGGUGUGUUUAAUUACGUGAGCCAAGGGUUCGUCGGGAAAGCUUCCGACAAGUUCAUUUUCAACGCCAGCGGAAUGAUCACCAUGUUCGACGAAGGCGAUUCUAUCAUGGUGGAUAAAGGUUUCGCCAUUUCCAACGAGCUGUCCCAACACCGGCUUGAGAUGAUCCGACCACCACUACUGCAGGGGGAGCAGCUGAGCACAGAAGAAGCGAAGCAAAAUGCAUCAAUCGCUCGAGCCCGAGUGCAUGUCGAGCGUUCCAUACAGCGGUUGAAAAACUUCAACAUUUUCACUAACAAGUUCGAGCUUAAUCUGGUCCCAUUUAUCGACGACCUAAUAAUUAUUGCCGCCGGAAUAACUAACCUGUCGGAUCCUAUUUUGGCAGACUCUCGUUUCUGA